UAGACAAGAAAUUUCAAUGGACACCAUAAAAAUUUAGGAAAAGUGAAGAUUAAAUAUUUGAGGCUGUUCGAAAACGAAUCAAUAAAGGAUUCAAGGCUAAAAGAAGCUACUUACAUCCAAACGUACCUCAUGGAGAAACACGUGCACUACAUACAUAAAUACAAACAUACCACAUACAUGUACUAACUAAAGCACACAGCCUUCAACACAUUCGAGAAAACAGCAGUCCACCAGCGCUGUCCAUAUAUCCUUGCAGUGACCUUAACACCUGCCAUCCUCGCCAAUGCUAAUGUACCAACGACGACAACAAAACCAACAAAAUUAGCUACAAAAUCACCAGCUUCAUAUCUACAAGCGAAUAAGCAAACAAAAGCUAAAACCCAAGCAAAAAAUGAAUAUCCUCUCCGGCAAAUCGCAGCUACUCGCCCACACUUUGUGUAUAGCUGGCUUAACAGCCGCCACUUCAGCGGCUACACACACCCACAAUGCAGAUAAUUUACUGGCAGCGCCAACAACAGCAACGGCAACAAGCAACACUUUAACGCUAGCAGCUAGAAUGUUGGCGGGCUUACCAACAUCCGCUGACAUUGUAGACUCAGCGAAAGCGGAUGUGGCGCCAGUUGAUGGUGUUGGUGGUGUUGGUGGUGUGCGAAACGUUGCCAGAGCGGAGAAUGAAAGCGCCGCGGCGGAGACGCAGCCGGAUAGUUUCGAAGUGUUGCGGAAUGAAUGCUAUGAGCGGCUGAAUAGCACCACAACAAAGUUUGCGGCAGGUGAAUUGUACUGCGCUGGCACUUUUGACGGUUGGCUCUGUUGGCCGGAUACAGCUGCUGGCACUUCCGCCUACGAACGUUGCCCGGAAUUCAUAUUCGGCUUCGAUCCGACAAGAAAUGCGCAUAAGGAAUGCGGCAGAGAUGGCGAAUGGUACAAACAUCCGGUGUGGAAUUAUUCUUGGACUAAUUACACGAGCUGUGUUAAUAUAGACGAUUUAGAGUGGAAGCACAGCAUAAAUAUUUUCUACGAAACCGGUUAUGGCAUAUCGCUGGUGGCAAUUUUACUUUCUCUCGCUAUAUUGAGCUACUUUAAGUCGCUAAAAUGUGCGCGCAUAACACUCCACAUGAAUUUAUUUACAUCCUUUGCAGCGAACAACUCACUUUGGCUGAUUUGGUAUUUGGUGGUGGUGCCCGAUACGGAGCUGCUGCAAAAAAGUCCGCCCACAUGUAUUGCGCUACAUAUAAUACUCCAUUACUUCCUGCUCACAAAUUAUGCAUGGAUGCUAUGUGAAGGCUUCUACUUGCACACAGUACUAGUGUCCGCAUUCAUUUCGGAGAAGAAGCUGGUGAAGUGGCUCAUAGCUUUCGGCUGGGGUUCGCCGGCAAUUGUCAUUUUCAUUUAUGGCUUGGCGCGCGGUCUCGGCGGUACAGGCGAUGAAAUAACACAUUGCUGGAUGAAUUCGACGCAUUUCGACUAUAUAUUCGUCGUACCUGUUUGCAUUUCCAUGUUCCUUAAUUUGCUAUUUCUAUGCAAUAUUGUGCGCGUUGUGCUGCUGAAGUUGAAGGCACCAGCCAGCAUACAAAAUAGCUGUGGGCCUUCACGCACCGUCCUGCAAGCAUUUCGCGCCACACUUUUGCUCGUACCACUUCUGGGACUACAGUAUAUUUUAACACCAUUCCGACCGGAACCCAAUCACCCAUGGGAGCAUACUUACGAAGUUAUUUCAGCAUUUACCGCAUCAUUUCAGGGCCUCUGUGUCGCCACAUUCUUCUGCUUCUUCAAUGGUGAAGUUAUUGCCCAAGUGAAGCGCAAAUGGCGUAUGGUUUGCUUUAGUAAUAGGGCUCGUGCAAAUUCCUACACAGCCACUCAGGUCUCGUUCGUGCGAUGCGGCCCGCCCCUGCCCGGCGAAGAGAAGGUAUGACUAAAGGACAUGUCAUCGAUGAAAGCGCGGCGCGCCUCCAGCGCUGUCACUGGCCGCAGCAGUGACUCAUAUUCCGGCGCCGGCGGCAGCAGUCGAUCCGCCACUCGUUUGCGCAGCAACAGCACCGCACACGGCACCCAAAAAACGCAAGCCAUGGCGUCAGCGCCCAGCGGAGUCAUAAGCGGACUGCGUAAGUUGCAAUUGCUGCGGCGAAAGACCAUCGAUCAGCUGCGCGUACGACAGCCGCUAAUGGAAGAGGGAACUGUCACAGAAAGUAUUAGUGGUCGUGGUGGUGGUGGCGAUGGCGGUUUUGGCAGUGGCGCAGUGAAUGAAUUUGACAGCAGUGCGAGUAACUGUAAUAGUCAUGGAAAAUAUGCAACUGGAAAAGUAGUUUCUGCGGCGACGACAACAGCGGCAGCAGCUGCAAUAACAACAGUCACACUUGCAGCAGCCACAGCAACUGCAGCUGCAGCUUCAGCGACAACAACAACAACAACAACGAGUAAUUACAAUAACAGCAGCAAUAAUAGAAACAGCAGCAGUGGCAGCUAUAGCCUCGAUGGUAGCAGCGCUGAUAGCAGCAAUCGCGUGGCUGGUGGCACUUUGCUCGUUACCACUACAGCUGUGCACAACAACAAUCUGCAUUUGGAUGGCAACAAAAUGGCGGAGGAGGCAUUGUAAGCAGGAGUCAGCAAAAUAAUUUUUGUGGCACGAAAAAUGCGGAAAAGCAAAAGAGUGCGAGGUGGCAGGUGGUUGAAGGUGGCUGGAGUAAUCAUAUGAUGUGGUGUAUUUAAUGGAAGGAAGUGAAAUUAGUAAGUAAUUGUAGCGCACGCGUGAUUUAUUGCUGCAUGUGCGAUAUUUUUGCUUAUAGCCAGUUUAUAACGCAUUUCUACACAUCCUCUUAGCAUUAAGAUAAGGUAAUAAAAAAUGUUGAUUAAUGAUGUGUGAUGAAUAUCUGAUAUAUGUACAUACAUAAUUUGCAAUUGGAAUAAUUUGAGUGUCAGUGUGGUAAUGAUGAUGCGCAACGAUGACGUCUAAAUGCAGAUUAUGAAUCUGGCGGAUAUUCUAAUUAAAUUUUAGUUUAGGAUUUAUGCAGGAAAAAAAUAUCGUGCAAUAUACUAAGAUUUAAGAAACAUUUCCUGAUUGAAUAUUUAUAACAAUUUUUUUAAGUACUCAAGUUAUCUGUAAGAUGACACCAUCAACUUUUGUGAGUUUAUAUUUAGCGUUAUUUCACCUCGCUUAAAUCUGGAAAUUUGUUUUAGAAAUAAUAUUUAGGUUUUUUAUAUUUUGAAUAUGAAAAUAAUACUUUCUGGCACAAAACUUAAUGAAGAAAAUAGUUUUCUCGAUAUUAAAUUAUAUGUAUAACAAGUCUAAAAUUUUGAAAUUUCGAAAACAAAUGUAGCCUUACUUGUUCUUGUUCCAUCUAUGUAUCUAUGAAAACUCGGCUACUUAAAGAAUCUUCCUUCUAUGUAGUGUAAGAACUAGCCAGUUUAGGAACUUUUGCAUUUAUUGAAUGUAAUUUUCUUAACAUCGCUAGAAAAAAAAACCCUGCAACUGAAGAUCUCACAGCCAGAUUUACUAAAAAAAAAUUUUUUUUCCGCGUAAACAAUGCCCUUGUGUAAUUUUUAAUUGAUCGA